CUCAUGUUGCUAUCGAUGGAACCAAUCAUAUUGGAAAUUGUUUUGCAUUUGCUGGAAUGCGUGGUCAACUUGCAAUUCAAUUGAGCAGAACAAUAUAUAUCUCAACCGUCUCUUACCAACAUUUAGAUCGAAAUCUAGCUUUGGAUGAUACAAACAUUUUAAGUUCUCCUGCCAGAUUUUCUGUACUAAGAAUUCCGGAUGAAAAAUAUUUAUCAAAUACAACGUCAAAGGCCCUAGAAGUUUCUCAAGGGUUCGUACGACUUGGUGAAUUCAUUUAUGAUCUGGAAGGUCCUCCUGUACAAAUAUUUCAG